AACGAUGUUACCGGAAGGAAAGACUGCCGGGGGACUGGAAGUGGAGCACUCAGCGGGGCUAGCAUCAGCAAAACACACUGGGUGAUAGAAACCAUAGUUCCAAGUGGACAAACCAAAAAUAAACGAAAGGAAAACAUCGUUCCCCGGCAACGACACCAAAAACUUGACACGAUAAAACACAACACCAAACUGCGACCAAGUGUAAUCGCAGUCUGGAAAUGCAGUAACAGGCAAGCUCUAAUUGUCAACCCGGGGUCUAGAUCUACUGCCUACUCUGUGAAUAUCUAUUAUCUACCAAACUAAGCCGAGUAAUUCUGGGUGAAAUACAGGCUAAAUUAUCGUCGUAAUCAUGGUCUGCCCGUAAUUCACCCAAAACGCGCGUUUCACUAAACUCUGAGGAAGGUCAUUACGGUCGUAAUUACCCAAUUACUGCCAAUAUUUAAGUAAUUACAACCGUAAAUGAGUCCACUCUUGCCCGUAAUUUGCUCUGCGACAGGAAUUCUCAGGGAUUUAGGCUUGGCAUUCCAUUUACGGGCAUGACAGAAGCAAUUACACCCGUAAUUGGGCAGGGGCUGCCCGUAAUUCUUCCUCCGCUCCUGUUUAAUGCUUCGUUUCUCCCUCGUCCGGACUCCGAAUCAGUCACUGUUUGAACCCAGACGCUCGUAGUCUCGUCCUCUUUAUUUUCAUAACAAACUUCCACGAUUAUUUGUCCAUAAAAUGAGGUAGAAAUCCAUUAUUCCUCAGGCCAUGCUCGUGUUUCUUCUCCCGAAUUGCCAAAUGAAUUCCGAUUGACUUGAAACUUGCGCCUUUGCUUCAAUUUACAUGCUAGGACCUGAAAUGUGACAAAGGAACACAACCUAGCGUAAAAUAGUCCAAGAAAUCAAAAAAUCUAGCCAAAAUGAUGAAGAAACGAGGGUGCAAACAUGUGCAAAUACGACGUUAUCAGAUGGGUUUCCCCUUCCCCUCUCUUUUCUUGAUGAGUUUGUUUGUCUCUUUGCAGUUUCGUUCAUGGCCUCUGUCAUUAUUAUCUUUGGUUUCGGGUGAUUUGCUGGACGAGAGAAUUACUUUUGUAUGGCGGGCUUUCUUGACCACUCGAUGAGUCAUCUCAGUUCUUUCUUUUCAUAAUUUUGUAUUGGAUUGAGGAUUGGAGUUUAUCUUGGCUUUUAGAGGAAUUCCACCACUUAUUAACAGUGUUAUUUUUGUUUGAGCAUGGUCCUUCUGUUUAGUAUGUAUAUUUGAUUGAUGGGUUAAAGCCCCCAAUACUCUUUCCACUUUCACCUUGAAUUGAUUUUUGUUUGAGCAGUUCUUCAAUACAGAAGCUUAAAAUUGUUUUGCUGUCAACAACUAUACAUGUAUUUUGUGAUCAUUUAUGUUGAAUUUUUCCAUAGAUGUUAACCAAUUGUUGUUGAAAUUCAAUUGCAGGUCCUGACUUGGCAAGUUCUCCAAAAAGCUUCAAAAGAGAAAUCAGGAGGUACUGUGCUCUAGUCCGGAAAUGAUGAAGAUAAAAAAAACAACUCAACAUUCUCAGGGAUGGCCAGAAUUAUUGACACAGAAAGUGGGAGGUGCUCCAAACUAAAUGUUCAAGUUCAACAGAAAUGAUAGCGUAAAUAGCAAAGGCAACCCUGGACUUGGAGUGUUGUUCGUGAUUGGAAAUAUUAGUGAUGCGUCCAGUGUUAAAGCUUCCGGAUGCCGAGUCCUAGGAAGGGAGAUGGUUAGGUUUGAAAGUUCAGCUUUUGGUUGUUUCCUCUUCGCGUUCUUGAUAACGAUGUCCCGGACGUCGAAGGAAAGGCUAAGCACGAGUUUCGGGGAAUUCGGAAGUCAUUCGGUUGAGCUGGAGCCAAAGCAUAGUGGUAAAUUGAUUCUGCGUGCUGGUGACGAACAUGCUACUUUUUCUGUGUCUGAGAAUGGGAAACACUCCCAUUUGCAUGAUGACAUAGAUUACUGUGAUGUGCUUGCUGAUUUUGAGACCGUACUCGCUAUAAUGAGUGCGGGUACUGACGAUGCUCUUGAGCGUUGUAUUUUGCUAGGUGAGCAGGCAUCGCAGGAGCCGCAGCUGGCGGAGCAGUUGGCCGAGCUGGAGAGUGGCACAUCCCUGGACGGCGACCAGCUGUUCAAACCGAUCUCAUCAUCACCCCGCAUCACUACCUCCUUGGAGGAACCACCAGAGCUGGAGCUAAAGCCCCUCCCUCCUCACUUGGAGUAUGCAUUUCUCCGGGAGGGGAAUAAGCUUCCAGUCAUCAUCAGCUCGACCCUCACACCCGAGCAGAAAGAAAGACUGGUGGCCUUGUUGAAACGGCACGAGCGUGCUCUAGCGUGGAAGAUCACAGAUAUCCGGGGGAUCAGCCCCUCCUUCUGCUCCCACCGGAUACUGAUGGAGGAUGAGAUGAUGAUAAUGAGACAGCCGUAGAGAGGACUGGCACCAAACAUGGAGGCUGUAGUUCGGGCAGAGAUCGUGAAGCUGCUGGACGCGGGGAUCAUCUUUGCCAUUUCCGACAGAGAGUGGGUCAGUCCCACCCAGGUGGUACCCAAAAAGGGUGGGAUGACUGUGGUGCCUAACAAGAAGAAUGAGCUCAUCCCGAUGCGCAUGGUGACCGGGUACCGUGUCUGCAUUGAUUACCAGCGUCAGAACGACGCCACUCGGAAGGACCACUUCCCGCUGCCGUUCAUUAACCAGAUGCUGGAGAGACUGGCGGGGCACGAGUUCUACUGUUUCCUGGAUGAGAUGUCCGAGUACUUCCAGAUACCCAUUGCACCGGAGGACCAGGCAAAGACCACUUUCAGCUAUCCCUUCGGCACAUUUGCCUACCGGAGGAUCCCAUUCAGGCUAUGUAACGCCCCCGCCACUUUUCAGCGAUGUAUGCUCGCCAUCUUUGACCGUCUGGUCGGCGAGAUUAUGGAGGCGUUUAUGGACGACUUCUCGGUUUACGGAGACUCAUUCUCUCACUGUCUCCAUAACCUGGAACUCGUCCUUAAACGGUGUGAAGAAACAAACCUGGCACUG